GAAGACAAGACACGAUUGAUGUUACGAAUAUGGGGUGAAAAUUCUCCUUUAUUUUGGUUCAGAGUUGUAAUGUUACUAGUUUAAAAUGCAGGGACUAUGGAGCUUAAUAGGAAAGAUCGGAACUGGUGCUGCUCAAAAUUUUCCUUAUGAGAUUGGUGAAAAAGUAGGGAGUCUAGAGGACAAGUCUGUGUGGACACUACAUGAAGGGAAAAAGAAAGGUACUGGAGAGCCUGUGUCUGUGUUUGUUCACGAUGUCAAGUCAUCUUCAGAGGACAAGGUUCAAACAGCCAAGUUAGCCCUCAGAAGACUGAAAACCCUUCGCCAUCCUAAUAUUGUGAGAUACAUUGAUGCUCUUGAGUCUGAUGCAGUUAUUUAUCUGGUAACAGAGCCUGUUCAACCAUUAGAAGUGCUACUAAGUGAAGUUGAGAGCUCCAAGGCUGAUUUAGCCAUUUCGUGGGGAAUACACCAAAUAACGGCUGGUCUCAGUUUUCUGACAAAUGAUUGCAGUUUCAUUCAUGGUAAUGUGUGCAUGGCAUCAGUGUUUGUAGAUAUUGCAGGCGAGUGGAAGCUUGGUGGUGUAGAUUACCUUAAACCUGUUGAUCCACCUUCAAACACUGAAGAACCUGAUCUACCUAGACUGCCAGUUUUACAAGUUUAUGAACCUCCAGAAGGAAGGAAAUAUAGUAAAGGCAACAAGAAGGCUGAGAAAUGGUCAGCAGAUAUGUGGGGUCUUGGAUGUCUGAUCUGGGAAGUCUUCAAUGGUCCAUUGUCCAGGACAGGUUCCUUGAAGUCUGUUGGAAAGAUUCCAAAGAACUUGGUUACAGACUAUGUACAACUUGUAGGUGCUAAUCCCAAGAGCAGACCAAACCCAGCAAAAUUCCUACAGGAAUGUCGAAAUCCAGGCCAUUACUUGAAAAACAGCUUUGUUGACACUAAUUUGUUCUUACAAGAAUUGCAGAUAAAGGAACAAAAAGAACAGAAGGAAUUCUUUCAGUCUCUCAGUUCAUCACUAGACUUAUUUCCUCAACAAUAUUGCAAGCACAGAAUUCUUCCUCAGUUGCUGAAUGCUUAUGAAUAUGGAUCAGCUGGUUCUGCUGUCUUGGGACCUCUGUUCAAAGUUGGUAAACUCUUGGAUACAGAUGAAUAUCAACAGAAAAUUGUGCCAUGUGUGGUCAAAUUAUUUUCAUCCACGGAUAGGGCAACACGCAUCCACUUAUUACAACAACUUGAUAAUUUUGUGCAACACUUGAAGCCUUCAACAGUGGAUGAACAAAUCUUUCCUCAUGUUGCUUUGGGAUUUGGUGACACUAUUCCAGCCAUGAGGGAACAGACAGUCAAGUCUAUGUUACUUCUUGCUUCAAAAUUAAGUGAAAAGACAAUCAAUAAUCAGCUGUUGAAACAUUUUGCAAAGCUUCAAAUGGAUCAAGAACCUGGCAUCAGAACAAACACCACAGUAUGUCUGGGAAAAAUUGCAGUGCAUCUCCCACCAGCUACGCGACAAAAGGUACUGAUCCCAGCAUUCUUGCGUGCCUUGCGGGACCCUUUCCCUCCUGCCCGCACAGCAGGUGUAAUGGGUUUCCUUGCUUCAGCUGAAUAUUUCAGUUUAAAAGAGAGUGCACUCAAGAUCUUGCCAGCUUUGUGCACACUGACUGUGGACCCUGAACGGAAAGUCAGAGAUCAGGUUUUUAAAGUUAUAAAGAUGUUUCUGACUAAGAUUGAAAAAGCUUCAGAGGAUCCAGAAUCUGCUAUGAAUCAGACUGCUGAGCGAGCCCCGGAGUCAGUAGCUACCGGCAGCUCGUGGACUGGUUGGGCUGUCAGUUCCCUUACGUCAAAGUUGUACCGAGGAGGAAGUGCCUCUGGUGGAACCACUGAACCUGUGGACAAGAGUGAGCUUGGAAAAGGUACUCGCCCAGCAGGGGAAACAGAUGACAGUAAAACAAGAAAAGACAUUCCUCCAGGUGUGAAGCAGGCUACAGGCGGAGAUAAAGUUGAGGACCCAGGGAGUGACUCCAGUGGCGAGUGGAGCGGGAACGAGUGGAAUGGGCACGAGUGGAAUGAUAGGCAGGAACCUGAUAUAGGUGAUCUUAGGAGUGAUCUACUAGCUGCGAAAGAGGAAAUUGCAGCAUUGCAGAAUGUAGAAGAGCAACAGUGUCUCAGGCACCCUGCAAGUCUUGCGGCUGACAACGACGGAGCGGAGAGUGGAAGCGACUACGGUGACUGGGGAGAGAAUGAUGAUUGGUCAGUUGACAGUUUUGCUCCACCAUCUUUCUUUACAAGUAAAUCCCCUCUGAGGAGACCUGAAAACAAAAAGGCUGUUCAGCAAGCAACAGGAAAAUCAAAGCUGCAGAAGCCUUCGCGCUUUGAUGAAGAAACUCCGUCAUCAGAAUUGCUGGAUGGAAAUUCCAGUCAGGUGCCGGUUGUAGCCAACGACUGCGUUCAUGAUACGCGUACGCCAAAGAUCAAAAGUAAAGCUGCUCAAGGUGCUUUGAAAUCGUCUCAACGAAGCAAAGUGAAGCGCAGUGCUGAUAACCCUCCACAGCGUACAGAGGCUGAUGGAGAUGCAUGGGAUGUAGGGGACUGGGGAUCGUUCGAAGAACCAUCACCUGGAGCACAAUCAAAUACUAAAAACACCCCGGAUGAUGGGUGGGGUCUGAGCGAAAAAGAUGCGCAGGACUGGAGCGAAGACAAGUCCAGUAUUAAAGCAGAACUCUUGAAAAAGAAGAGAGAGGAAAGGCGGCAGCGACUGCAGGCUCAAAAGGAGAAGAGAGCCACAGGAGGAAAAGGACCAAUGAAACUUGGAGCUGUUAAAAUGCAGUGAAUACUAAUCCAGUGAUGGUGAUGAGCCAUUACCUGUAUCUGAGGCCGCGUCGAGUCGACAACACGCCUAAUAGACAGUAGCGGAAGAACGAUGACGAUCAGAUGGCGUCGUUUUUGAAAAAAAAAAAUGAGAAAAUAAAGUCACCCCCAACGUUCCCAGGCUUUCCAUGAAUCUUUUUUCCUCGCACCUGAUAGAUUGUGAAAUAAAACUUAGGAUUUGACGAAGUUGAUAUAGUUUUGCAACGGUUCGUUGCCAUUACCAAUAAAAAGAGUCUGCAAGCUUCAGUUCGCUUUUGACAUCGAUUGAUGGUAACAAGAUAUGGAAUCAAUUUUGAAAUUCAGUAUAUUUAUAUCAGACUCAUACCAUGUGGAGAGAGAAUUUAUGAUUUAAAAACAGAAAUGCUGUUAUUAUGUUAUGAUAACUGCUGGUCCAUAAGUAAUAAAGACUGCAACUGACUACGGUUCAGCGCCUAACAAGUUCAACAGAAUAAUUGUAUCUUCUAGUGCGCUAGUCCAUGUUAUAUUUUGACAGAAAUAAUACAGCAGACAGACUAUGUUACUUCCUAGGUAUGGAAGCAUCAGCAAGUGCCGCGCCAACAAAGUAUUAAUCAAUUACGUGCUCCUCACAGCAACUCGCAUUGCAGUGAUGAAUUAUCCUUCAUUGGACAGAACAAGCUGUAUUUGUACCCUAACCCAGGAGGCUUUGAUUCCCUUUCGAGUGGAAUGAUAGGCGUCAUUAGUAAGCUAUACUGAAUUGUUAAGUACGCCUUAGUAAGAGUGGCGUGACUUGAGAAGGAAUGAAAGUAUCUGGAAAUAUACAUUGAAUGCAGUGA